AUGGCCUUAAAAAUUGAUAUUACUAAGGCAUUUGAUUCAGUUUCUUGGAGUUUCCUCUUGAAGACUCUUAUCACUUCUGGUUUCAAUCCUAUUUGGAUCAAAUGGAUUAGUAACCUUUUACAUUCCACUAGAUACUCAAUUCUUGUGAAUGGAUCUCCCACUGGUUUUAUCCAACCUUCAAAAGGAUUAAGGCAAGGAUGCCCCCUUUCACCUCUGCUAUUUACUUUGGUGGCUAAUCAAUUAUCUCAGCUUAUUAAUACUUCUAUUUCAGAAGGGAGACUUACAUUGUCAAAUACUGCCUUGAAAGCAAAAUCCACAUGUUGUCAUACUUUUUUUGCUGAUGAUCUUUUGAUUACUUGCAAAGCUUCAGUUUCUAAUGCUAGAACACUUAAACAUAUUUUUAAGAUUUUUGGGGAUGCUGCUGGUCUUCAUAUCAAUUAUCAGAAAAGUAGUGUUAUCUUUUCCAAGUUUACCAGAAGAAAGAGAUCAAUUUUGAACAUGCUUCAAUGCAAGGAAGAUGUCUUUCCUUUCAAAUAUUUGGGGUUACCAUUGAGUUUUAUUGGUUUCAGAAAAUUCCAUUGUAAUGCUCUUAUUGAUAAAAUCUCCAAAAAGCUCUCUUAUUGGAGUACUAAGCUGUUAUCUACUGCAGGUAAAGUUGAGCUGAUCAAGCCCAAAGAUGAGGGAGGUUUGGGUGUCAGGAAAUUGAAAGAUCUGCAGGUCACUUCUCAGUGUGUCUUGGCCUGGGAUUUCCUAUUAAGCAAGGAUAGGCUUUGGAUAUCUUGGUUUCAUCACAGGUAUACAACAUCUUCUAAUUUUUGGAAUGCUAUUCCUAAGAUUUCACAUUCAAUCUUGUGGAAGAACAUGAUUAAUGUUAGAGAAACUUUGCUUAAUGCAAUUCAUUUCUCAAUUGGUGAUGGGCAGUUCUUUAAAGCUAUAUCAGAUCCUUGGUGUGAGGGGGCGACUUUAUUGCAGAAAUUUGGCUAUAGAAUUGUCAGAAGGUUGGGUUUCACAUGGAAUUCAUCAUUGUCGCAACUAAUGAUUGAUGGUGGAUGGAAUUUUGAAUUGUUAGAGGAGGAUAUUUUUAAACCUAUUAGAGAUUGUUUGUGUACAUUGACAAUUCACUCUAGAACUGAUAGGUUACUUUGGGAUAGAGGAAAUUUCACAUUCAAAAAUGUGUGGGAAAGCUGUAGGGUCAUAAAUCCAGAGGUUAAUUGGUCUAAAAUUUGCUGGGGCAAAGCUAGACCGAGGUUGUCAGUUAAUGGUGUCUUUCUGUUCCAAGAUAGACUAUCGUCUAUGUAUAAUUUGCAGAUAAGAAAGGUGCAGUUGGCUCCAAGAUGUUCUCUUUGUUUACAAGGGAUUGAUACCAGAAAUCAUUUGUUUGUUCAAUGUCUAUUUGCAAGGAAUUUCUGGAAAUGGUUGGCAGACACUCUUGAUUAG